AUGGCAGUUCUUGAAUUCAAGAGAGCCCGUGUUCGAGCCCCACUGGUGCCUUUGGAGAGAGAUAAAUGUAAAUACUUUUGUAAGUGUUCUUUGAGCCCGAAGAUCUUCCCUGCCUUGGACUGGGCACCAUCCCCUCACCUUAAAAUUUUUAACAAAGCAACAAAACUUAUUCCAACAAAACUGUUUGCCACACCUGAUGGUACCAUUUAUUUUGUGGCCAACUACGAGAAUGGUCGCACGAGGAUAUUAUGGUCAUUCUCCACAGGAUCGCCAACCUACAGCUCGUAUCAAGCUCCUGGAGCUACCGAUUUUUUGGAGUGUGAGGAUGAUUGGUCAUUGUACAUGCAGGACGAGUAUUACGGCAAAUUGAUAAUAUUACAAUCUAUUGGAGAAGUUGUAGAUCUUGCGCCUAUGAUUUCAUAUAAAGGAGAAGCUACAAUUGGAUCCAAAAAAAUCACUUCGUUUCAAGUUGACGCCAAAACUGGGUCGGUCAGUACAAAUAGUAAGAAUUUUGCUGGUCUUCGAAAUUUAAAUGCAUCAAAGCCGCUGCUGAUCAAUAUUUAUAGGAAAGAUCUUUUUCUGAAGUAUGAUGGUCCCACGUCGGGAUCAGGAUUUUGGAAUUUGACAGUAGCCGAGUUCGAUGCAGUGUUAUUAUGCCAACAUUUAACUACAUUUCACAUAGAGGAUCUCAAUUUUAAAAUGCCUUACCCAUGUAAAAAGAAGCAAAAAGUGUUCAAACUGAAUAAGAACUUUCUGUUAGAAUCUUUAAUCAGUGAAAGUUCACAUGGGGCUUAUCAUGGAAAAGAUACACUCUCAAUGCCUGCCUCAGAUAGGAUGAUUCAGUUGCAGCCUAAUUAUGAUAGAUUUUUCAAUAAUCAUGAUGGUAAUAUGGCAAUGCCUCCUACGCCUUUUCCACAACAAAAUGAUUACAAGAGGAAAGAUAAACUCCGUCAACCUCUCACUGAGAUCAGUGAUUUACCAGGACAUGCUUAUUUGAACAAGAAGAGUGGAUGGCCAACUCCAUCACCUACUAUGUUCGUUAUUCUGUUGGUCGUCGUUUCACACUACUGCUAUCUUGUGGUAAAGGGGAUUAAGUAUAAGUAUAUACCAAAGGAUACUAAUAGAGAAGUAUCGAUGAACUUUAAUGAAGGUGUUGAUGGAGAAAUAAUUGGCGAAUUAUUCGUUUCAAAAAAAGAGAUUGGCCGGGGAAGGAGAAGGACGAAUGCUACCGCUGUCCUGCAUGAUGGUCAAUCAGUUGCAGUCAAGCGGCUUCUCAAAUCUCGUCAUAGUGUAGCUCUAAACGAAAUCAAAAAACUUGUGUCAGACCAUCAUCAGAACAUUGUCAGAUUGUAUGGGGUGGAGUACGAUGAAGAUUUUAUUUACCUUGCACUCGAGCGUUGUACUUGCAACUUAAAUGAUUUGGUUCAAGUGGAGUCAGGGAAGGAUACUACAGAAUAUCUUUGGAAAAAAAAUGACCAUCCAUCACCUCUACUACUAAAACUGAUGAGGGGUAUUGUUGCAGGGGUUGUUCAUUUGCAUAAACUAGGAAUAAUACACGGAAAUUUGAAACCUCAAAAUGUUCUAAUAAUCAAGGAUAGAUCCUUAAGUGUAAAGCUUUCUGACAUGGCCAUUACCCGACAUGUUCCUGGGAAGUCUGUUUUCGCCAAAUCCUACUGUACAGGUUGGCAUGCCCCUGAGCAGCAACAAGGAACGGAAACACGAGCUGUAGACAUAUUCAGUUUAGGUUGUAUUCUUUUUUUCUGUUUGACUAAGGGAAGCCAUCCAUUUGGAGAUGAUCAUCUUUGGCGUGAGUCCAAUAUCCUGAACGAUCGAAAAGAUCUUUCCUUAGUGGAGUUCAUUCCGGAAGCUGAGGAUCUUAUUAGCUGUUUAUUAAACCCUGAUCAGAAUCUAAGGCCGAACGCAGCUGAAGUGUUGCAGCAUCCUUUUUUCCGGAAUUCCCAGAAGAGAGUUUCAUUUUUACUUGACACCGGUGACAAGACGGAACUAAUUGAUGACCCAAUUGUGGUCAAGGAACAUCAGAUUUUUUAA